AUGAUUGCGGGUCAUGGGUUCGGGUCCUGGCCGUCGAUGCUGGUAGCAAUCGGGUUAUUCGUGGCGAUUGUAGCUCUGGUGGCAUUAUGCGCCCACCAGCCGGCUAAAGAGAAGCAGAAUUGCAAUACAACGUCGGACAGAACAACUUCGAAGAAGCUAAUGAACAGGACAAUUAGCCGGAACAAGAUCAAUCCGUCGGCGACCCAGAAGAAGAGGGGCGGGGAUGAUCACGCCCACGAAAUUAGGGUAGACGUCAGCGCUCAGGUGCCCCUUCCUUCCUCGACUCCUCUGCCUCCGCCGCCGCCGCCCGCGGCGGAGAAGAGGAGCGGCGGGGGCGGCGGCGGAGGGUGUGAGAAGAAGGGGAAGAUCGGGGCGAAGGUGGCGACGGGAGGGUUCGGGGAAGGCGGGUUGUGGCAGAAAUCAAUACUGAGAGGGGAGAAGUGUCAGCUGCCGGAGUUCUCCGGCGUCAUAUUUUACGACAGCCGAGGGAAUCAAAUCCAGAUAGCGGAAUGA